UCUCACUUCACUGCAUCUACAACCCGCAAACCAAAACUCCUACAAAUGCGAUGAACCGGGACUUCAUAGACCAUGGCUAACCUUCGAAUAUCGUUGGCCGUGGUGUUGUUUCAGGCUGUUCUGUACCGAAGCUCCGAUGCACUUUGGUGUAACUGCACCACUGCCGAAUGUGAGAAGACUGGAUCGCUGUGUGAGACCGACGGAGCCUGCAUGGCCUCCACCUCCGUCUUCGAAGGCCAGGAGCAGCACAUCCGCACCUGUCUCAACCAGGACAAGCUGGUGCCUCCUGGACAGCCGUUCUACUGCCGCGGGGCAGAGGGCUACGUCAACACUCACUGCUGCUACACUGACUUCUGCAACAGCAUUGACCUCAAGGUUCCCACAGGAACCACUUCACCUGGGCAUGAUGGGGGCUACGGCCCAGGUGGGACAUGGGGACUCAUUCAACUGGUGGCUGUAGUUGCGGGGCCACUCUUCCUGCUGUGUCUGCUGCUGUUGCUGGGCAUGUUCCUGUAUCAGUACCACCAGAGGGCGUACAACCACAGACAGAGGCUGGAGGUCGAGGACCCUUCGUGCGAUCACCUUUACCUGGCCAAAGACAGGACCCUGCAGGACCUCAUUUACGACCUGUCCACAUCUGGUUCAGGCUCAGGUCUUCCUCUCUUCGUCCAACGCACCGUGGCCAGAACUAUCGUCCUGCAGGAGAUUAUUGGUAAGGGCCGAUUUGGGGAGGUGUGGCGUGGAAGAUGGCGUGGGGGUGAUGUUGCCGUGAAGAUCUUCUCAUCCAGAGAGGAGCGAUCCUGGUUCCGUGAAGCUGAGAUUUACCAGACCAUCAUGCUCCGCCAUGAGAACAUCUUGGGCUUCAUAGCUGCUGACAACAAAGAUAACGGAACUUGGACACAGCUGUGGUUGGUGUCAGACUACCAUGAGCAUGGCUCUCUGUGUGACUCUCUGCACCGCUACUCCGUGACUACUGAAGGAAUGAUCAAACUGGCUCUGUCCGCUGCCAGCGGCCUUGCACAUCUGCACAUGGAAAUACUUGGAACACAAGGAAAGCCAGGCAUCGCCCACAGAGAUCUCAAGUCCAAGAACAUCCUGGUGAAGAAGAACUGCACCUGUGCUAUUGCAGACCUGGGAUUGGCUGUACGACAUGACUCCGCCACUGACACCAUCGACAUCGCACCCAAUCAGAGGGUGGGCACCAAGAGGUACAUGGCUCCAGAGGUUUUGGAUGAAACUAUCAACACACGACACUUUGAUUCCUUCAAAUGCGCCGACAUCUACGCCCUGGGCCUGGUCUACUGGGAGAUUGCUCGCCGUUUUAACAGUGGAGGUGUCCACGAGGAGUACCAGCUGCCCUACUUUGAUCUGGUUCCUUCUGAUCCUUCCAUCGAGGAAAUGAGGAAAGUGGUGUGUGACCAAAAGCUACGACCCAACAUCGCCAACUGGUGGCAAAGCUACGAGGCCCUGAGGGUGAUGGGUAAAAUCAUGAGGGAAUGUUGGUAUGCUAACGGAGCUGCACGCCUGACAGCGCUGCGAGUCAAAAAGACUCUUUCGCAGCUCAGCGUUCAGGAGGACAUUAAAGUCUGAGUGAAGAAGGAAGGAAGGAGCGCUGAGCCGGACCUGGACCGUAGGACAGUGAGCGGAACUGUUGGAGCGGUUCUGCAGAGAAUGCACAAAAGUAGGAGAAUACGAUGAAGAGUGGCACUUUGUAAAAAAAAUAUUAGCCCAUAAGACACUCCUGCCAGUUUUUAAAGCCACUUGAUUUUUGUGACAAACCCUACCUCGCUUACCCAGCAAAACUACCAAGAACACCCGUGUUCCUGUGUUGUCCUCAGCUACGGCUGCCCUACCUGAAACCUCUUCUGUUCCACUUUCCACUCCAGUAACGAUCCCUGGGUUUUCUCUGUAAAUUAUUGCGAUCCACUUGUGGUGAUUUUUACAAAUCAGCUGCUGGUGGUUCUGAUUUUUGAUUUUUUUUUUUUUCUUUCUUUGAACCAUUCUGCUCGAUAGUUAAUGAUUAGCAUUUGUUCUUCUUGUGUUGGAGGGUUUCAGGGUGUGUUUUUAAUUUAUUUUUUUAUUUAAAAUGACCAGAGAUAAUAUAUGGGAUUUGAGAGGCUACUGUGUAGGACGUGCUUUGCCACAGAUGUCUCACACAGCCCGGUGGUAAAGUAGGAUACGCUGUAUUUUUACAGGCAGAGAGAGAAUGAGCUGCUGUUCCCGCUGCGACCUCCAGGUGAAGCAGGUCAGCAGCAGGUUCUGAUGCAGUGUACAGGAUCAGCAAGUGCUUGCACAGUUUAAAGUCACUGGAACUUCUGAGUAAGAGGACUUGUCCAUAAUCUGUUGUGAACCUCAGGUUUUUCUCCACACUCACCGAUCGACACGCUUCUGUUUGUUGUUGAAACACGUUCGCAGCAGUUGCCAGAGCUUCGACGCUGCAGCCGUCUAAUCCCUCAGUGUAUCAGCGUGUCAGUGUGACAUAUGUUCCUGGAAAACACUAAUCGCAGCAUGCUGCAGGUUUCUCACUACUACACGUCCUUAACGUGAAGCAGAACCUGUUCUGAGUGUACACACUGACUGCAGUCCCUCACGUACGCUGAUAAAAACACUGAUAAACCUUCGCAGCAGCCAAUACUGUCUACACUGUACAUCCAAUGCAAUGACUCCAGGACUAUGAAUUAUAGUUAAAACGGUUCUUUUUUUUUUUUUUGUGUUAAUGUUUUAUAUAAUAAUGUCAGAUGAUGUCCAGUGUUAUUUUUUUGCCCUGGCCAAGUACCACUACUGCACUUACACUGGCUUUGUUCAGGGGAUGCUCGUGUGUAUGUUUGACACUUGUGGCAUGUUUUACAAGGUAACUUCUUUAUACCAGCCGUUAGGUAAGUUGGCAGAGAAAUCAAGUACUAUUUGAAUAUCAUAGUGCAGUGUUUACGCUUUUAAAUAAAGCAGCAGCGGCCCGCCAUUUCAUCAUCGCCACCACCGCUUUAGAAUUGGGACAGAUGAACCGUAGUCUUCCUGUUGUUGUACCUUCAAUGAACAACAACCCCAAAGUGCGUGGCAUUCGGUUAUCGAUUAACAAUGUCUGAGGUUAUUAUAGCCCGUUGGUUUAACCCCUCAUGAGGUACAAGUCCUUAAAUCACUGGCUGUCUCUGCUGAAGUCACUUUCAAUUCGGUAAUGACGCUGUCGGACAAAAUGCUGUUUUCAAAACAAAAACAGACUUCGAUGCAAAAUGUGAGCCUGAAGUCUUGUGAGGACAAAAUAAAAGUCGUACAUGUACGAGAAUAAAGUCAGGAUUCUACAAAUCAGAAAUUUACCACUUUAACAUGAAUAAAGUUGCAAUAUCGUAAUAAACGUGAAAAAUUCUGUUUAUUAGACAUUAAAUAGAUGACUUUAAUUUCGUAGAUUUACAUAUUUGUCGUAUGUUCCGCACUCACAGACGUUUCGAGUAACACAUCCGACACCUGAAGAUCGGCCACUGCUGCUUAAAAUGAAAACACUCGCAGAAACACUGUAAUGUCUCUGUUUACCUUAUGAUAUUUAAGUGACACUACUGUAUGCAUUAGACACUGCAAAUAUUGACUGUAUUUCUGUUUGCUCUCUCUCUCUCUCUCUCUCUAACUUAAGUUUGACUUUCAGCCAUCGACCUUUCCCACGGCUCAUCCCAAUGUUUUUCCGUGCAUUACCUCCUCCGUGUGCACCAGGCAAACGUUAAACCAUGAUUAUGUUUCCAGGAUGUUGGUGCACUUUAGUCUUCAGUUGUAUGCAAAUGUACCCGGUACUGUUUGUGUGUGUCGUCUCUCCUCGUGUUGUAACGUGUACUCGUAGGCUGUGACUCAUGAUGUAAACGCCUGAAGGGCCAUAUGUGCACUACUACUGACCUCACAGCAUUGAAACCAAAUUUUUCUCUCUCUCAUCUCUGGUGAUGAACGUAGGAAGUUGAGGAUUUUUCAAAAUAAAAACUAAAAUGUGAUCAUUAUAUAUAUAUAUUGGCAUUCUUUACCCUGGAAACUAAAUACUACUGAACCGACUAGUCAACGUGUUAGAGCAGCACUUUGUGAUCCAUUGCUCACCUGCACUGUAUCGUUAGUCUUGGGUUGUUGUGGUGUCACAGAAGACAGACUGCACUUGAUGCUGUGUUUUUUUGGCUGUAAAGACAGUGGUUGAAUGUCAUCCAUAUUUAUACACUAAUAAUGUAUGUUUCCCUACGGUGUAUCUGCCUUACGAUGUAAAACUAAACAAAAAAAAAAAAAAAAAGUGAAGGUUCUAUUACCUGCCUCUAAAAGUGUGUGUUGAAUCCAAGGACUGAUGUGUUCAACUACUGUGUGAUUGGUGUUAACCCCCAGGUCCACGGCGAAGGAAACUACUGCAUCCAUGUACAAAUUCUGUCAGGACUUCAAUCAUGUACCUUCUAAUAUAGAGGAAUAAAUACUGUUGUUUUUCAA